CAUGUCGUAAGUGGUGAUGCGCCUCGCCGGUUUGGCAAACAGUCUCAGCGGUGCGUCACAGCAAGUCACGUUUCUUUCGCCACUGUGAGACGUCGACCCCGAUCAACUGAAUACUGUCCCAUCGUCCGCUCUGCACUUCGUGCUUCUACACUGUACGCCUUCCAGACGCGCAAGCGCGGCGAUCGCUCGAAGCUACCCCGCUACCCCGCCAUCAUCAACACCGUCACCAGCAUCUGAACCAUGUCGCAUCACCACGACCACCACCAUGGCCACGAUGAAGAGCAUGCCGAGGCCCACGACCACGCUCAUGAUCACGACGACGACGUUGUACCCGCCCUUCAGAACCUGCUCUACCAACAGAUCGACUUCAGCCGGCUGCGCACGCUGAACGAAGAUGAAUCGGACCAGGGCCGCAGCAUCUGCCAAAAGACGUGGGCGCAGCGGCUAGAUCCGCAGCCGGAGCUGAAAAGCUUCGCCGACGAGCAGAUUCUCAUGAUAGUGCCCUUCACAGGACAAGUCCGCCUCCACAGCAUCCUAAUCCGCACCUCCUCGACACCCGCAUCUCCCAAAACCCUCAAAGUCUUCAUCAACGACGAUUCCCUCGACUUCAGCACCGCCUCGGACAAGCCACCCACCCAGACUCUCGAGAUCUCACAGACUUCAGAGAUCCAGGAGAUCCCAGUGAAGCGCGCACUCUUCAACACGACACGGGCGCUCGCGUUAUUCUUCGAGGAUAACUGGAGCGACGGCGAGGAGGACGAGACAAGGAUCAGCUACCUAGGCUUCAAAGGAGACUUCAUGAAGCUGAACAAAGAGCCUGUCAACUUUAUGGUGGAGCUGGCGGCGAACCCGAGUGAUCACAAGACUAUCGCUGGGGUGAAGGAGGGGUUGGGCAGGACGAUUCAGUAGAGAUUGAAAUUGAACACACAGCCAGGAGACCAAAUAUAAGAUGGUGGACUACGAAGCAGCACAGCGAGGCUUUGUGAACAGUACUCUCGGCGGUCACAUCUUGUUCAAGUCUAUGGUCCGCGCUGCACGGACAUGGAAUCGAGUGGGGAGUAGACAUGCACGGAGGAACAUGUCACGAUAUAAGUUCAUGUGUAUUGUCCACUCGUCGCUCAGAAGGCGCGUUAGAUGGGACUGACAUAGUCUUUUGUAGAACAAGCAAAUCAUCCAUUUUCUACUGUGUCAGCCAUACAUUUAGGCAUUUGCGCAGAGGUGA